AUGAGUGAAAGUGCCAAGAAACGACGUGUCAGCAAAAGGCGGUCAAGUUUUGCUGCUGGUCGUGCCAAGCUUCAACAAUCUGGGGCCUUUGGAGCAGAUUUAUAUAAAUCUAUAGAUGUUGAUAAACCUCCUGAUGAGAGAUUAGCAUUAUUGACUAAAGCAUGCCUUCAGUACACUUUACAAAAAUUGGAAGAAGAAUUGACAGACAUUGAGGAUUUCCAGUCUCUGAAAAAGGAAAUGGAGGAAGCUGUAUUAUAUCAGGUGGCAGAGAUGGAGAAGGCAGGAGUUUUCAAACGAGCAUCUGAAAAUAAGCGAUGUGUUCCAAAUCCUAUCAACCUAGAGAUGGAUCAGACAAUCGUAGAAGUGCAAGCUAGAAUCAAGCGGCUAGAAGAUGAGGUUGUGGCAUGGGAGGAACUAUUCAACAGACUGGAUAAGGAGGCUGAUGAUUUCCAGAAGAAAGAACGAAACGUUUCAGAAGCUGAUAUUCCAUUCUACGUUAAGAAGCUGGGAGAGGAAUACAUGUCGUCCAAAAUAGAUUAUACCAGCAUGCUAUUAGACCUGGAUAAAGACAUGAAAUCCACAAAAUUCCAUAUAAACAAGCUCUGCAAUACGACAAAGAUUUUGCAACGUACAAGUAAUACUGCCAGCAAAAUCUUGGAAAAACAAAUACCCAAAUUACAGAAGGAAGUAUUCCAAGGAACAGCUACAGCAGCCACACCACGAAGGUUGAUAGAACAAAUCACCACCAUACCAAGUUGAAAUAUCAUGAACGAUAAAGCUUUUUGAAUGUUUUAGGCAGAAGCAACAUUAUGUUACUCAGUUCUGCGUCACUUCAGACCUUUUGGGAUAAGGUCCAUGAAAUUAUAGCAAGUGCUUAAACCCUGGAAAGAGGAACAAACUAACAGUCUUGUAGUUGAUACAUAAACCAGUGACAUGUUACAGGACUACAAAUAUACUAAAGGACAAAUUAUAUUUAUGAAAGGUCUAUCACUGGUACUUUUUAUAUGAUCAGCUAUUCUCUCCACAAUGAAAAUCAUAUAAAUUACUUUGGAGGAAAUUUCCUUAAUGUUUUGAAGUAGACAAUGAACCUAAAAGCUUCAGUAAUUUUCAAUGAUCAAAAUAAUUAUCAUUAUGUAUUACCAAAUGUUGCAUCGUGAAGGUAACAUAUUCCCAUUUAUUAUCAUUGUUAUUUAUCACAUAUAUUAAGAAAAGAAUUAGGUUAAUAUAAACAUGGUCACAUAUUGAAAGUCAAGUGUUGUAUACUGCACAGAUAUUGUUUUUAUUUUUUAAAAUUCAUCUAUUUCUUAACAAUUUUUUACUAGCAAUGUACAGAAAGCUACAGGAUAACUUGGU